UCCUGGAAACCAUUUUCCUCACUUUCCCAUGUUUGGUGAACAUAAGGAAAAUGGGUCAAAGGAAACUCAAUUCUGGUCAAAGGAAAAAAAGAAGCUUUAUGAUAGGAAAGUGUUUUCCUUUUUUUAUUCUAAGGAAAACACUUUCCCAUGAAACACCUCUUCUUUGCCUCGUCUUCAUCUCCAAAAACUCUGUUAGCCUCUUCAGUGAUAACAUUCACACUAGCAAGCCACUUUACAAUAUCAAAAUAGGAAAAGUCGUUUCACUUGCAGAGGCUGCCAAAGGGUCAUUUGUCUUCCAGCAGGGGAAGCCAUGCCCAUAUCAAGCCCGUCAGCAUAGACUGGUGAGUAAUUGCUUAUCCUGUGGCAAGAUUGUCUGCGAACAAGAAGGAGAGGGGCCUUGCAGUUUCUGCGGCGCCCUUGUGUUAAAGGAAGGAAGUACGUAUGCUGGUCUUGAAGAAAGCAUGGCUCCUACAUCAGAUGCUGAAUUUGCAGCUGAGGCUUAUUCUAAAAGGCUUGUGGAGUAUGAUAACAUUCACACUACCUGUGUAGUUGAAUACACGAGUAACGGAGCGUCUAAUGAGAACAAUUAACAGUUCCACAACUGUGGAUGUCAGGGAACCAAGGAUCUCCAUAGCCAAUGUUCUGCCUUUGUUUAGCAGCCAAACCACAAGUAAAGGAUGAUCACUACUGCGAUAUUUGAAAAACUAUGGAGAUGGAUGUAGCAGAUAAAAUGAGUGAAAGAAUUUGCUUAGAGCAACUGCAGAGAGGCAGGGAGGCUAGGUUAAUUUGUGAAGUCAAGUCAAGCAAUUAUAUUCAAGUAAAUAUAACCCCAAUGACAUAUUCCAUUAAUUUAUUAAUAAAUUAUAUUAUAAGUGAUUUAAUAUUU